CACCCGGCUUGGCACUUGGCAUUAGAGAAAACGUUCCGACGGCACAACUUCUUUUACUCCAAUCGAGGUCGACUCGCACACUAGUACCUUCGCACACCUUGUGCAGCAUAUAACUGUGGAAAAUCUGGAGGCACUACACUAGAGCCCAAGUUCGAUCACAGCACCGCAGCCGCGGCUGUCCAAAAUUCCAAAACACAGCAUCACCUGUCUCGAUAAUUCAGCAUGACGUCCAUAGAGAGCGCAUACGACAUAUCACAAGACUUUCGUUGGAGCCCAGAUUAUGACACAGUUUUAGAACAAAUUGCUGAUGCUGAUGUAGUAGAGCCCAAGACAGAAUGGGACCUGCUACGCGACAUGAUCAAAUACAAGGUGGAUAAGAAUAUCGCCCUCUUUCUAGCAGAUCCGCCGCCUCGCAAUGUAGAGGAGUUUCAACCACUGUCUGAAGAUCUCCUUAAACUCGGUAACUUGAAGUUACCACCAUUCCCGCUUCGCGAACAGAAUGAUCUCAACCACAACGAGGUUCCGAAAGUGUACAUGAACCAGCAAGAAGCAGACGAGAUCAAAGCUUUCAUUUUCAGGCAAAUGCAUGAAUUUGAUGAUGAUCCUCCUUUCACAAUUCAACGCGUUUGUGAGCUCUGCGUACGGCCAAAACAACAUUAUAAAGCUCUCGGGAAGUAUCUUCGAGCGGUGGAGAAAUCAUUGCUGGUUACGUCCUCGUGGAACGCUUUCCCCGCGGAGUCCAGCCAAGAAUUCCCAUCAAUAUCUUCACUAUCCAUGACAGCUGGCUUACUAUCAACUCCGACUACUCCACUCUUCUCUCCCAUAGCCUUUUAUCACGAAGAUGCACGACGCUCAAAGUCACAAAGUCCUCCUCCGUCACCACUAACACUAAGUGGCAUGGAAUCUAUGGGGCACGUCGAACCCUUGGAAGGGAUGCCACCCAAAGCACUUGGCCUGGUGGAUGAAUUGGACGACCCAAGCCCAGGCCACUUGAGUAAUCAUCCAACAGCUCUUACAGCUGUGACCACGGUGAGCUCGAAGCCUUUCUUGGAUAGCCUGGAGGCAAGGUUUGUGAGAGGAGAGGGACAACAUGAUAUGGGGGGCAGUGAUCAAAGAAUGGCAGACGGAGUAGGGGAUAAGGAAAAUAAAGGCUGAUGAUGUGUUUGCAUCUGAACUGGGAACAAAAGAGUAAGAGCUGUGACAUAUACUCAGCGUGAAUGUGCGCACCACGAUCAACGGGAUGCAUCUAU